CUUCGCACUCACACUUGUGUGACGUGGACUCGACUUUGACUCCGACUUUACCACAUCACAACACUUUCGCUGCCGGCCCAAACACCUGUUCGUCAGCGAAGCUGAUGUUCCCACUUCAAGCAAGAUUGCUCCCGUACAAUUGACCACUGCCGCCUGGUUCCCGAGUUGCUCUGCCACACGCUGACGGACUGAUCACGACGCCCGUCAGCAUGGAAGUGGACAACGAAGCGCCAGUUGCGGGUCCGAGCUCAGCUGCCCCAUCUGCAGCUGCUGUACCGACAUCGAUGUCCGCGCCUUUUCCAGCACCAGCACCAGCGACGGCAGCUCGGUCGUCAGACAGAGCACGUCGACCCUCUGCUCUCGCUCUCGCAGCAAUGAAUCGGCCCUCAUCGUCAGAUUCAGAUGACGAUGCGGAUUCAGACUCAGCCUCGGAUGGAGGUAGCACUGCGCGCAGACGACGAAAGAGGACUGCGCAGAGCACAGCAGCGGCAGGUGGCUUCUCGGCUGCCAGGACGUCGGCUAGAGCUGCUGCUGUGGCUGCUGCUGCAGCUGUCUCCGAGCAGACUCGAGCUGAGGGAGGUGGAGGAUCAAGCAGGAAGGGUACAAGUAAUGGCGGGACUGGUGCUGCCAGUCUAUUGGGCGGCGGUCUGGCGAGAAGGUUGAAGCUCAAUCUCAAAUCUACGAUUGGCAGUGCGGGAGGAAAUACUUCGGGCACGGGACCAAAGAACGAGGCAUACAUGCAGGGCUACACCAGGGAGCUGGAUGAUUCAGAUGAUGACGACGAAGGUGUCGCCAAGGCUGUGGCGAAAGAUGGACCGGAAGCUCAAGAUGGCAAGGGAUCUGGCGUCGCCUUUGAGGAGCAGCUCAUUCUAAGACUUGCUGCUGGCAGUCCAGAACUCGAAACCUUGAGAGGAUGGGUCAGGAAUCGCGCAGUUGGGACAGACAAGGCGAAUGUCGAGCUCAAGUUCAAAGACUCUCGUAGAGCGACGUUCAAGAUUGGUAAUACGGCGUUGCCGGCCAAAUUGGUGGACCUGCCCACGAUUCUAGAGACGCACAAGACGCUGGACGGUCGUCAACUGUUCAAGGUUGCCGAUAUCAGUCAGAUGCUUCUAGUCGGAGGUGAUGGCGACAGAAGGGAGGAAGAGGAAGACGCAAACGAUCGCAAAGGCGGAGGUGCCGACGCGUACGUCUGGGACAGCGGUAUCACACCUCCAAUGAGAUACGCGAGGAAGAGGCGCUUCCGCAAGCGCACCAACAAACGUGUCAUUGAAACGGUCGAAAAAGAGGUCGAACGGCUCCUAGCAGACGACAAGCGGGCAGAGAAGCUCGAGUACGAAAUGAUCGACGUGGCCGAUCUAUCUGAUGGUGGUGGAGACGAAGAGGAGGUUCAAGGUGGCGCUGGAGAAGGCGCUUCGGUGGUCGGCGAUGAAGAUGGCGAGAGGGAUGAGGGAGAUGGCGAAGAUGACGGAGGCGAAGGCGGUGAAGACCGAGACGGAUCGGUAGCUCCUACUGAAGGUGAAGGGCGGGAAGAGUAUGCAGACGAAGAAGAAGGCGAAGGUGAAGGUAUGGUGGAUAUGGCGCUCGCUGCAGAAUUGGAAGCUGUGAUGCGAGGAGAGGCGUCAGAUUCGGAGUCGGGCUCAGACGAAGGUUCGGCUUCUGUCACCACUUCGAACACGCGGGGCGGUCGAGGACGAAGCGUUUCUGCCAGAGCUACCUCGGAAGAGGGAGAUGGAGAUCUCUGGGGAGAUGAGGACGAAGAGGACGAGUCUGGAGGAGAGGACGAUGAGGAAGCUCGAGAAGGGGAUGAUCAAGAUGGGCCGGAUCUGGACGAUGAUGAUGAUGAUGUGGAUGCGGAAGAGAGCGAACGAAGAGUGAGAGAAUCUCAAGUGGAAGCGGCGGUCAAGGAGAUGGAAUUGCUGGUCAGACGCAAGACGAACGAAGCAAAUGCUGCUACCAAUAUCGUGAUCAAGAAUCGCCAAUUGGACGCCUUGAAGCGCUUGACGACGGAGCGCGGUCUCAAACAAGCACAGUUACAGGAAAUACGCAGCGAGCGAAGAGCGCGCGCCCAAGUACGAGCGAAAGAAGCGGCUGAUGCGGAUGCUGCUCUUCAAGAGGAGAAUGAAACCGGGCGCGCAGCCGAAUCCGAGGCGGACGAGCACGGCAUGGACGUGCAGCAAGAAGAAGGGGCGAAGGAUCAUGGAGACGAGCUAGACGAGGCCGAAGAGGCCCGGCAAGAGGAGCAGAAUGACGAACAAGAGGAAGACGAGGGCGAAGGAGGCGAGGAAGAAGGUGAUGAUGACGACCCGAAUGCUUCGUCACAGAGCGAGCUAUGGUCUUGAGCUCCUUUGAGCACUCUUACGCAUUGUAUUAUAGCGAUCGACCGCAUCUGGGGGCUGUGCAAAGUCUCAACGAUCAGAAAAUGAUGCUUCA